CGGGAACAACCAAUUUCACAGCGCUGACCGGAUUCCGCACUGGAGAACUACCGCAGGAACUCCCACCGAGCGGCCUAAUCAGUAUGCAACGUCAGUCGUUUAAUACUGCGCUUUGCCGACACAAAGCCGUUAGCUGCUGCCCUGACACAAACAUGAGCCCUUGCAGCCAGAAAGCAACACGAACACCGAGUAAUCCAUUGAAUGAAAAAAUACGACUACAUUCAAAAAAGAUUGCAGUUGAGUUUUGCGAUGGAACACCGAUUCAUGGAAUAAAACAUCUGAUUGGCAAGGAUAAAUUACUGGUCGAAAGAAUUUGGUGGAUAACGUUCUUCGUACUGUCACUGUAUUUUUGCUUUAACUACAUUCACUCCGUCUACGAACGAUGGCUAAUCGAUCCCAUCAUAGUAAGUUUCGACCAUCAAGCAGCUUCGAUAUACACCAUUCCUUUCCCGGCAGUGACGAUAUGCCCCGAAACGAAGGUUAAAGCAUCUGAACUUAACGUAAGCCAUACUUUCAUGCUGGUUCGAAACGGGGAACUUAACGAAACAAUUGAUAAGGAAAGAGUCCAGAAACUGAUGGCUUUACUACAGCUGUGCGAUCUCGAUUUGUAUGACAGAAGUAAGAAAACGUUCAACGAUACUGACAUGCUGUCGCUGCUCAGAAAUAUGUCUAUUCCAUCAUUCGAAGUAUUCAGCGCAUGCUACUGGAAAGGUCGUCAGAGGGAAUGUUUGGAUCUGUUCAAAACAUCGCUAACUGACAAAGGAUUUUGCUACACUUUUAACUCGUUGGCGAAUAAUGAUAUUUUGCGAAAAGAGGAACUGGAUCCCAAGUAUGCUUUUAACUCGGAAACUCGAGCGUCCGAUUGGUCCCUGGAUGCGGGUUAUACUGUCGGAGCUGGGAGCCAUUCCUUCCCUCACCGGACCAUAACUGGAGGAUAUCAUGGUGGUUUGGCGGUGACUCUUCUUGUGAACACAAGCGAUGUGGAUUACUUUUGUGGGAACUCAUUCCAAGGAUUCAAAGUGUUUCUGCACAUGCCGAACGAGUACCCGCAGCCAUAUCAUUUCUUCCGCAUCCCUAUGGACCACGAGCUAAUAGUAACCGUGAACCCGUAUGUAAUGGCAAUCGAACGACAAGCGCAGCAGUAUCCGGCGGACAUAAGAAAAUGUUACUCCACCAAUGAACGUUAUCUACGAUUCUUCAAAAUCUACACCAAACAAAACUGUGAGAUCGAGUGUCUCACGAAUUACACUUUCAACAUGUGUGGUUGUGUUCGGUUUUCGAUGCCCCGACCUCCGGGGGUACCUAUUUGCAGUCUCCGGGAUAAUCCGUGUUACCGUAAAGCGCUUGUCUCUGUGCAAAAGAUAGAGGCAAAAGCCGUAGAUGAGAGUGAAGAUACGCCUGAAGGGUACUGCAACUGUUUACCAACUUGUAACGAUAUUGAAUAUCAAACUCAGGUUUCUCAAGCCCAUUGGGAGUGGGAAAGAAAUGUUUUGGAAAAACAGUCUCCAAGUGCAAGCGUUCAUCAGUCCAAAAUAGUAAUACACUUCAAACAACCCAACUUCAUCCCACUGAAACGAAGUGAAAUAAAUGGCCUUAGCGACAUGAUUGCGAACUGCGGUGGUUUACUGGGACUCUUUAUGGGAGCCAGCAUACUGAGUGUAGUGGAAAUGUUCUACUAUUGCACCUUGAGGCCCUAUGCUAUUUGGAGGUUGUCGAAACAAGAAGCAGUUUCCGGUGAAGAGAGCAUGUGACAUGUAAACAGUUGUGACACUGUUUUGCGACACAAGUAGUAAAGUUUAAACAAUAAAUCAGUUCGACAUGUUCCAAUCUAUAAAA